GCUGUAAGCCCUCCCAAAACUCCGCGACCAGGACGUCUUGUAAAAGCCUCAGGGGUCUGUGGUACCGACCUGCACAUCCACGACGGUGAAUUUGGAGCUCGGUUCCCGCUCAUUCCCGGUCACGAGACUGUGGGAGUAGUUGCAGCAUUUGGUAGAGACGUCCAGGGCUUCACAAUCGGAGACCGCGUGGUAGCUGAUAACUCCGAGCUAUGUGGGCAUUGCCACUAUUGUCAUCGGGGCAAAGAACUGUUCUGCGAUAAUUUCAUCGCCCAUGGCGUUAUGGUUGACGGGGUUUUCGCGGAAUAUGCUGCGUAUCCAGCACACCACGUAUUCACGUUCAAGAACCUGUGUGACCUGGAUGCCACACUUUUGGAGCCUGCGGCGUACGGUGUUUACAAGGACGAUGACCGUGUCUCCCUAUCGCCGAACACGAUGUUCAAAGAAGAGAUAAAUGUGCUUGGCUCCUUCAGUCAGACCCAUAAAUUCCCUACUGCUAUUGAUUACCUUGGUAAGUGUCCAACUAUUUCUACAAUUGCUUAUAGAAAGCGCGUUAAAGUUGACGGUAUUGUUAACAAGACAUUCAAGCUGGAGGAGUGGCAGGCAUGCCUUGAUGCAAUGAAGAAUAAGUCAGUAAUUAAGGCUGCUAUAGUGUUUGAUUAG